GCGCACACGAUACCUUACCCGUACUGCUUAGUGCAAUGAGUACUUUUCUUCGCCAAAAAAUUCCCUCAAAGUUGUUUUCUCAAUUUCUCCAGCAAAGAAAAAUCUUCAAAAUUCCAAAACAUUAAAACAGGCAAGAGAUUGAGCAUAAACCGCCGCAUAAAUCAUGUCACUGGAAGAGAUGGAAAAUCUCAAAGAACAACUAAAAGUUGCAAGGAAUGAAAUUAAGAAUUUGAGGAAGCAAAUCACAUCGUUGAAUUACACACAGAAGAAGGAAAUGGAUGCUGUGAGGCAACUUCUGCAGGAUUUUCAGUGUCAAAAUUGUCGAAAUAUCAGCCAUGGGGCGGGGAGAAAUGAGGGAAAUGCUGGGGAAGUUGAGACACGGAAUGGGUCAGAGAUUAAAUUUGCCCCAAUUGGUACGAUAAGAACACCCUUUCCGGAAAAACGUGGAGUCCCACGACAGGCUAGCAUUUCCACGCAAAUUGAGGGGAUUAUCGAUCUGACCUAUGACACUUUUAACAAUCCAGAGCACUCCCUGGAGGGGCUGGAGGAAUUCUCGCACAUCUGGGUGAUUUACUACUUUCACCGGAAUGCAUGCCAUGCAAAGGCAAAAGUGGCCCCGCCGAGGUUAGAUGGGAAUCGCAUUGGGGUGUUUAGUUCCCGAUCACCUCAUCGACCAUGCCCCCUUGGGUUGUCCCUUGUGGAAAUAACAAAGAUUGACGGGUCAAAGAUUCACUUUAGAGGCAUUGACAUGGUCGAUGGGAGUCCUGUAUUUGAUAUUAAACCCUAUGUUCCUCAGUAUGAUAUGCCAUCCAAAGAAAUCUCACAUCCGGAAUACUUUGAUACGGAAUUUAUAAAUGCCCGCGAAGCUCCCGAUGGGCAGGAAACAAGUGAUGUCCUUGCAGCAGCAGCAGCAUCAACAUCUCAGGGAAUGUGCAAGAAAGCCCCAAGUGUGGUCCGCGUACCGAAUUGGGUGACAAAUGCAAACACCCUAACUGUUGCAUUCAGCGAUAAGGCCACCGAGCAGAUGAUGGAGCUGGAUAUAAGGGCUGAAUCAAUAAAGCAACUAAUUGAGGGUGAUCCACGUUCAGCUUAUCUACGGACCAAGCAUAAAUCGCAAAUAUUUUCAUUUCAAUUUUCCGAGGCAACCAUCACCGCCAAAUUCGAUGAUUCCCGCAAUGCUGUGACGGUGGUUCAGGUCCGUCGAACACAGUCCACGCUAUAAUUAACAUUGCUGCUUAAUAAAUUGAAUUGCAAUAUAUUGAUGCUGCGAAUAA